AAUGCUGGAGUACUGACCGCCAUGUAUUUGGAACUCACUGAUGGCCAGUUGCCCGUUAACUGGGGGUAGGUGGUUUUAAUAAAAUCAGUUCAUUUCCAGCCUCGAACCCUUUAAGAUUCGCGUGUUCGUUGCAUCGUUGCGUUGUGGUUGUCUGUCUUUGGUAUUGCCACCAGUUUGGGUCGAAAUUGAAAAACCUAGAUAAAAAAAUUUCAUUAAAUUCUUUGUAAAAUGCUCUGUAAACUAAGAGUGCAUCUUUGAUAGUGCUAUGGUUUUUUUUAUCAUAUAAUUUAUGAGAACCGGAACCAUUCAUUUGAAGCAGUUUUCUUUUCUUAAAAAGUUAUUGUGAUUUAUGAGUCUCUACAUUUAUCAAACGAGGACGAUGAAUCCGGAAAGCAAUGGUAAAUCCGGAGUUAUCACAGAAUACGACAAUAACAAAGCAUCGUCGUUUGAGUGUAAUAACAAUAACAACAACAACAAUAAUAACUUGAACAACAACACAAUCCGCAAAACAAUUAAAACAAAAUACCAAAAGACAAAGGCUAACCUAAAAACCGUUGGUAUUUUAUCAGAACGCAAGGACCGAAAUGAUUACGAAGAUCUAGAUAAAGUCAGCUCACCAGCAGCAUCCGCCUCCCAAAUGGUCGAUCUAAACUCUGCCAAAGGACAGUUCACAGAGCACAACAAAAAUUCAUUAAAAGUGGAUUCAUUAUCUGGAAUCUCGGGCGAUGGCUUCGAUAAGUUCGAAGGACAAACAAAUAUCUUGGGUCAAUUUGAAAAUGUAAUCCACUUUGGAGAGGGUAAAUCAAAAAUUAAUUUGAGUGAUUCACUGGGUCCACUGCCGCCAUCAUUAUCAUCGGCUACAACGAACAUACAAGCUCCACCAGCAUCUUGCACACUUGUGAUAGGAAGAGAUCGCGAAACAUUGAGGAAGGAAAACGUAUGGUUUAUGUUUUUUAUGUUUCUCUAUGCCAUGUACUUGGUGAUUGGAAGUCUUUGUUUUCAAGCAAUCGAAACUCCUGUUGCACAUAACGCCACAAUCGAUGUGCUUAGGAGAAGAACGGAAUUCCUCCUUAAGUACCCACAAAUUUACGAUGACGACUUGGAAGAAUUUCUUCAAGCUGUUAUCACAGCAAAUGACCGUGGUAUCUCUCCUCUUCGAAAUGCCAGUAAUGAUUUAAAUUGGAGCUUUGGUCAGGCAUUAUUCUUUUCUAGUACUGUAGUUACAACUAUCGGUUACGGUCAUGUGACUCCUUUAAGCCAAACUGGUAAAAUAUUCUGCAUGAUCUAUGCAACAAUUGGAAUUCCAUUGACAUUGGUUCUAUUGAGUGCAGUUGUUGAAAGACUUUUGAUACCGGCCAAUUGGUUAUUGGGAACACUCAAUGCAAAACUUGGACAUUUAUAUCAACCAUUUAACAUUCGAUUGCUUCAUUUAAGUAUUAUAGGCGCCCUUGUUGCAGUUCUGUUCUUUGCUAUACCAACUACACUCUUUUCAUAUCUUGAACCGGAUUGGGGUGCUCUUGAUGCAUUCUAUUACUGCUUUAUAUCUCUCACUACAAUCGGACUUGGAGAUUACAUCCCUGGAAAUGGAAUUUCAGAAGAAAAUCGUUCUCUAUACAAAAUUUGCAUUACAUGCUAUUUGGUGUUUGGUAUAAUUGCAAUGAUGCUUACAUUAACUGUAUUUUACGACAUUCCUCAACUCAAUUUGGGCCAAUUAUUCACAGAAAAUAUUAAUGGAGAAACUGAAAAACUUCGAUUAUCUGGCAACAAUACCACUUGUUAUUCGGGACCAUCUGGCCUGUAUAUGCCGCAACGUGACGAAGAGGUUCGCAGAGCAGUUGUUCGUAUUCGACCUCAUGGCGAUGAUUCACCAAGUCCAGAUGAUCCACCUUCAUCGAUGAACCGUGACAUGAGAAUUCCUUAAGUUGCUCAAAUAUGGCUUUAAUACAAAAAAGUGCUUCAACUUUAAUGUUGACGCAUUUUUAAGUUACGUGCGUGUGCUUUACAAAAAAAGUCCAAGGCAACGCUCAUCGAAUAAAAGCAUAGCUUUUAGUUUGAGAUUUUACUACAAGAUUAAUAAUCCCAUCUACUUAUCUUUUCUAAAGUGCACCAAACUAUUUUAUUUUAAAUUUAAACGUUUUUUGUUUCUGUUUAGCUUUUUAUUUUUUAAAUAUUGGCAGCCAUGGUUUGGAGAAGGCUUCUCAGCAAAUGAUUCUGCUUCUAUAAAGCGCAACAGUGGCUUCUUUUGCUUCUGUAAAGCUUUAUAGAAGCAAAAUUGGUAGUUGGGUUUUUUUUUUUUGUUUACGGAGUGCAGGCAAAUAUUAUUUAUCUUUAGUUUAUAUGGUAAUUUAUAUUCGAAAUAUAGUAAGUAGAUGGAAACUUCAGCCUUGGGUGGAAUCCUAAACUAUUUGUAUAAUAUUAUAGUAGUUUAUAAGUGUCCAUUCUUUGAACGGCCACAACUUAUUAAUACAAAAUAUAAAAUACAAUAAGUUUGGCACAGAAUAAAAAAUAUACAAUAACUAUUAUGUAAUUAAAUGUAAUAAUAUCACCAAAGACAAUUUUAGGGCAUUCUCAUGAGAAAAUAAAAAAUCAACCUACAUAAAUAAAAUAUGAAUUUACCUGCAUCAAUAUAUUAUAUCAAUAAAAUUCGUGAAUACAUCUGAAAAAUAAUAAAAAUAUAGCAAAAAAAAAACGAAAUCUAUCGAGAUAAAAUUCAUCCGUAUGCAUAAACCUACUUAUUAUAUACAAAA